GCCUCCCAUAGCUGCUGCCAGGCCCCUAAUCUGCCAUGGGCCCCUAUACCGCCUCCUCAUGCUGCUGCCAGGCCCCUAAUCUGCCAUGGGCCCCUAUACCGCCUCCUCAUGCUGCUGCCAGGUCCACAGUGUCUCAUGGGUCCCUGUACCGCCUCCCAUUGCUGCUGUCUCCAUCGCCACACUCUGCCAUGUGCCACUUUCAGGUCUCCUCACACUCCUGCUGGUUUCCAUUUUGUCAUAGGUUGCUGUAUGGCCUCCCAUUGCUGCUGCCUCCACCGCCACACUGUGGCUCCAAACACUGGUUUUGGCCCCGUGACUGGCCAAAUGAGUGAAGUGUGCGGUGAUUCUAAGAUCGACGGCACUCAUCUGCAUGUUAUACUGACUGACAGUAUUAUUUCUCUUCCCCAGCAGACUCCAAGGGCAUUUAAAUUAAAGGUACAGUGUUCUGCACUAAUAUUA